GUCCAUCGAUUGUUACCCGGAUGGUUGAUAAGAACCCCGUGUCGAAUUCUUCCGAUGUAAAUAUUUAGAAUCUUAUCAACCUAGUUUGCAGAGGGCAAUAUAACGUAAUGCCAUGGACAACAGUGCCUUUCAAGAUUUGGAUAAAUAUAAUGGAUCAACCAGACCUAAUGAAAAUGGAUCCCGAAAGCGACAUCCACCAGAGAGCAUGGGGUCACAGGAUUCAAGUGACGUCAGCAUUGCACCCGAAAGAGUCCGCAUGAAAAAAACUGUCGGAUUAAUCAGCGGAACUUCUCUUAUAGUGGGCACCAUCAUAGGGUCCGGAAUUUUUAUUUCCCCUAAAAGUGUGCUGGACAGAACCGGAUCUGUCGGACUUAGUCUUGUUGUCUGGGUAUCAAGCGGCUUCCUGGCUUUGCUUGGUUCGUUGUCGUAUGCUGAAUUAGGAACUGUUAUAAGAAAAUCAGGCGGUGAAUAUGUCUACAUUAAAGAAGCCAUGGGGGAAAUCCCUGCCUUUUUGUUUGCAUGGUCAUCAGUCAUUGUAGUUCGGACCUCCUCUAUGGCUAUCAUUUGUUUGACUUUCGGAAAAUACAUGGCCACGUUUUUCCCGUAUUGCGGAUCUCCUAUCAUCCCCGUGAAAAUCGUUUCCGCUCUAGCCAUUGUUUCCUUGGGGGUCAUCAAUAGCUACAGCACUACAUUAGCAGGCAGGACACAGGUUUUGUUCACCAUCGUCAAGCUCCUAUCGCUCACUGUCAUCGUCAUCGGAGGAAUUGUCAAACUCAGUCAAGGAAAUAUAUCUCAGUUUCAAAACAGUUUUGAGGGCACGACGGCUUCGCCUUCCAGCAUUGCCCUGGCGUUUUACAAUGCCUUGUGGGCGUACGAUGGAUGGAAUAACCUUAAUUACGUCACUGAAGAACUAAAAGAUCCAGCCAAAAACCUCCCUCGUGCUAAUGUUCUGGGUGUUAUGAUCACAACUAUCAUCUAUCUACUGGUCAAUAUUUCUUACCUCACGGCCAUGACGUCAACAGAACUUCUGGAUUCCCCUGCAGUGGCGGUGACUUGGGGUGACCGUGUUCUGGGUGCAGCUGCUGUACUAAUGCCACUGUCUGUGUUGUUCUCUACAUUUGGUGCUGCCAAUGGAACGCUGUUUGGUGGUGGCAGAGUUGUGUAUGUAGCUGGGAGGGAAGGUCAUCUACCAGAGAUGCUCUCUUAUGUGCAUUGUAAAUACUACACGCCUUUUCCUUCCAUCAUAUUCACAAUUGCAAUAGCACUGAUUAUGAUUAUUCCGGGAGACGUGGGGUCGCUGGUGGACUUCUUCAGCUUUUCUGCCUGGCUGUUUUAUGGCUUGACUGUUACCUGUCUCAUCAUAUUCCGAUUCACAAAGAAAGACGUAGAGCGACCUAUCAAAGUCCCUAUCGUGGUACCAGUGUUGUUUGUUUUGAUUUCUAUAUACCUUGUGAUUGGACCAAUCAUAGACAAUCCACAGAUUGAACUUCUGUAUGCGUUCCUGUUCAUUAUUGGAGGACUUCUCUUUUACUUCCCAUUCGUCUACUUCAAGCUGAAGAUUAAAGGAUUUGAAUGGUUAACUACGUCAGUACAAUUACUCUGUGAGGUGGUACCGAGUCCUUAUGAACCAGACAACUGAAAAGACGAAUUUACCCAGCAUCCAUUACACGAACCUGUCUAUAAACAAGAAAGAUCUGAUAUAUCCAUAUGAUAAAGGGUACAAUGAGAUCUAGAGACAAUGUUACGUGGUAAUUUAUAAUUAAUAGAAGAAUAUAUUGUCACAUUACAACUCAAGCCACCACUAGUACAUGCAUGUAAAGGGAUCUAUAAAGGAAACAAACAAGCUCGUCCUAUGUAUUAUACUGCACAACAGAUAUGUACAUUCAUGCUCUUCAAGGAAAAUUCAGUCGUGUUUAUUUGAAUUUUUUUUAUGUGCUUUAUGACAUGUAUUAGUAUAUGUAUAUACUACUGUGAAAACUUAAAAAAUGGAUUUCCUUUAUAAUAUAAUGCAAUGUAAGGUAAACGAAUUUUUUUUUAAAUUGAGGAAAUCUAAGAUUAUAUAUCACUAGCAUCAUGAUGCUACUUGACAUUUCUGCAAUCAGUAAAAUUUAUCGAUAUGUCAAGUUAUUUUAUACUGAUAUGGAAAUAUGGUUUAUGUUGGAACCUAUCCUCGUAAUACACCACUUAAGACUAAGCAAAUUAAAAUUUAAAGUUGUCUUUCGUGAAAUUCACCAUAAUCAAAUGGGACGUUUGUUGUUGAAUUCUAGAGAAACGUCCAUUGAAGAUUUUAUGGGUUGUUUUUUUUUUUUUUUUAGAUCUGAGAUUUGGUAAAGUUUAUCCCUAAGGGCAAAAGCAGAACAUGAGGAAUGGCUAUAGAUUGAAAAUAAACCCAUUUCUUAAAUUUUACUAGAUUGAUGUUCAUCACUUUCUGCAUUGUUAGCACAAGUGACACGGACUUUUUAGAGUGAUAUUCGCAUAAAGUAUCAUCAUAAACUAAGUAAUAUUUUCAUAUUGCUAGCUGAAACUGAUGCGAAAAGUCUAAACUUUGUUGAAGUAAAAUAUCGCAUUAUAUAUUUUUCUUGUUCCAUCUAAUACAAACUAUGAAAAUUCAUUUAAAGUUGAAAGAUAUAUUUCUGAUGUCUUUUCAAAAUAAUAAAGAAAAUUGAUUCUAGAA